UUGUUUUUGAAUCUGCGGAGGUGGCGGCGGCGGCAGCGGCGGCGCGGGGACUGAAGCGCGCGAUACUGAAGCGGCCGCGUUGGGGACGGCUGCGCGGAACGGCUCUGUAGGAAGGAACUUGGUUCCCCCUCCCUCAUCUCCCGCCCCGAAAGGGGAAAAGUGCUAGAAAAAAAUGCAGUGCUGUUCAGACUUUGAGAGAAUUUAUAGAGCCUGGAGUGUUUUGGAGCUGUGAUUAAAGUGCUGCAUCAUUCUCCUGAAGAAGAAAAACGCUUAAACAUGUAUGUGUGUGUACACACACACAGAGACAACACACACAGCUAUAUAUAAAUAAGGACUGUUGCAGAAUUCUCAAGGAAAAUUUGGGAGUAUGAAAUAAAAUCAUGCAUUUCUCAAAUGAGAGUGGGUUCUCAAGGAAUCAAGUGGCAGAAUUGUGUUUCUAAGGAGGGUAGGAAUCAUGAGCAUACAGUGAUUAUAAUAGUUUUGUGAAUGGCAUCUCAAUUCCAGAUGACGGUAUUUAAACUGAUCCUUAGAAAUGUAUUCUUCCAGUAGUACAGCCAUGGAGACAUGUUUGCAGAUUCAAAAUGGAUAGUAUAGAAGAACCUCAGAAAAAAGUCUUCAAGGCUCGAAAAACAAUGAGAGUGAGUGAUCGUCAGCAGCUUGAAGCAGUGUACAAGGUCAAAGAAGAACUGUUGAAAGCUGAUGUCAAGCUGUUAAAUGGCAACCAUGAAAAUGGAGAUUUGGACCCAACUUCACCUUUGGAAAAUAUGGAUUGUAUUAUUGACAAGGAGGAGGUGAAUGGCAUUGAAGAGCUUUGUUUUGACCCUGAAAAAAGUAAAUCAGAAUGGAAAGAAACCUCCUGUACCUUAAAUGUUAAUGUAAAAAAUCAGCAGGAUGAUGACUUAAAGCAUGACUCUUUGUCUCCUAAUAAUAUAGUUCCUGAGCUUGUGUGUAAACUGACUGCUGAACCGUCUUCUGAUGAGCCAGCCUCCGUUGAUCUGGCUAUGGGAGAUCCAGCUGCUGGAGAUUCAGUCCCUGAAGAUCUAACCUCUGAAGUAUUAACCUCUGGUGAUCCCACCUCUGGUGAUCCCACUUCUGGUGAUCCCACUUCUGGUGAUCCCGCCUCUGGCGAUCCCACCUCUGGUGAUCCCACCUCUGGUGAAAUAGUCUCUGGUGAAACAGUCUCCAGUGAAACAUUCUCUGGUGACUUGGUCUCUGCUGAAUCGAUCCCUAGUGAAUCAGUCUCUGGUGAGCCAGUGUCUAGUGAUCCAGCCUCUGAUCAUUCAGUCUCUGGUGAUCUGUCUUCUGGUGAUCCAGCCUCUGGUGAUCUAGCCUCUAGUGAUCCGGCUUCUGGUGAUCAGGCCUCUGGUGAUCCAGCUUCUGGUGAUCUGGCCUCUGAUAAACCUACAUCUGAUGAACUGACUUCUGAAUCAGCCUUUGAUCCUGCCUUUGAACCAAGUUCUAUACCAGGUUGUGAAACUGUCCCUGAAACUGACAUUACAGAGCUUAGUGGCAAUAAAGGUGAUGAUUUUCUUGAAAAAAAUGGAGAUAAUGAAAAAUUAGACCAAAUUUUCUCAUUUGAUGAGAAAAAUAAAGCUGAUGAUGUCAAUGGUGAUGAAGAAACUCUAGAAACAGAUGAUACAGUUGUUUGUUCGGAUCUACCUCCUGAAAAUGAAAAGAAGGUAAAGGGAGAUACUGUCACAGAACCUGCUCUUGGAGAGGAGGCUAUAUCUAGCAGCAUGGAAAUUGACCAAAGUGAAAAGAAUGAAAAUGAAAAUUCUGCAGACCUUGCAGAAACCAUUAGUGAAAAUGUUACAAAAGAUGACAAAAAUGAGGUUAUCUUGGAAAAUACAGAUUCUAUGGAGACAGAUGAAAUUAUUCCUAUUUUGGAAAAGCUUGCACCUGCCGAAGAUGAACUUACUUGCUUUUCUAAAACUUCUCUUCUUCCAGUCGAUGAGACAAAUCCAGAUUUGGAAGAGAAGAUGGAAGGUUCUUUUGGUUCACCAUCUAAACAAGAAAGUAGUGAGAGUUUGCCAAAAGAAGCCUUUUUGGUCCUCUCUGACGAGGAGGAUAUUUCUGGUGAAAAAGAUGAGUCUGAAGCUAUAUCACAAAAUGAAACAUGCUCUCCAGUAGAAGUAGAAACUAGCGAAAAGGACAACAAACCUGAGGAAGAAGAGCAAGUAAUAAAUGAAGAUGAAAGGCCUUCUGAGAAAAGUGAAUUUUCCAGAAGAAAGCGUUCUAAGUCAGAGGACAUGGACAACGUACAGUCCAAACGUCGUCGAUACAUGGAAGAAGAAUAUGAGGCAGAAUUUCAAGUGAAGAUUACAGCCAAGGGAGAUAUUAACCAGAAGCUACAAAAGGUUGUACAGUGGUUGCUAGAAGAAAAAUUGUGUGCACUACAGUGUGCUGUAUUUGAUAAGACUUUGGCAGAAUUGAAAACACGAGUGGAAAAGAUUGAAUGUAACAAGAGACACAAAACAGUUAUUACUGAACUACAGGCCAAGGUAGCAAGGUUAACCAAACGCUUUGGAGCAGCCAAAGAAGAUCUUAAGAAAAGACAAGAAAAUCCACCAAACCCACCUGUAUCACCAGGAAAGUCUAUAGUUGACGUCAACAGCAAUAAUAACAAUGUGCCAUACAGAAAUGCAGGCACAGUGAGACAGAUGCUGGAGUCCAAAAGGAAUGUAAGUGAGAGUGCACCACCAUCCUUUCCAACCCCUGUGAAUACAGUAUCUUCAACCAAUCUUGUCACUCCUGCCACAGUUGUCAGUAGUCAGCCGAAGUUGCAGACUCCAGUGACUUCGGGUUCUUUGACAGCAACGUCAGUCCUUCCUGCACCCAACACAGCUACGGUAGUUGCUACUACUCAGGUGCCUAGUGGAAAUCCCCAACCUACAAUCUCUUUACAGCCUUUACCGGUGAUUUUGCAUGUACCUGUUGCGGUAUCCUCCCAGCCUCAACUCCUACAGAGCCAUCCAGGGACUUUAGUGACCAACCAACCAUCUGGCAACGUUGAGUUCAUUUCUGUACAAAGCCCACCUACUGUGAGUGGUCUUACCAAAAAUCCAGUGUCCUUGCCAGCCUUGCCAAACCCCUCUAAACCAAACAAUGUUCCUUCUGUGGCCAGCCCUAGUAUUCAAAGGAACUCUCCUGCCAGUGCUGCACCAUUAGGAACAACACUUGCUGUCCAGGCUGUCCCCACAGCACACUCUAUUGUCCAAGCCACAAGGACUUCUUUACCUACAGUAGGCCCAUCGGGACUCUAUAGUCCGUCAAAUAACCGAGGUCCUAUACAGAUGAAAAUUCCAAUUUCUGCUUUUAGUACUUCAUCUCCUGCAGAACAGAGCAGCACUACUACCCCAAGAAUUGAAAACCAGACAAACAAAACAAUAGAUGCUUCUGUUAAUAAGAAAGCAGCUGAUAGCACAUCACAGAGUGGAAAAGCCACAGGCAGUGAUUCAGGUGGUGUCAUUGACCUCACAAUGGAUGAUGAAGAGAGUGGAGCUUCACAAGAGCCGAAAAAGCUAAAUCAUACUCCUGUGUCAACCAUGGGUUCUUCUCAGCCUGUGUCUCGACCUUUGCAACCCAUCCAGCCAGCACCACCUCUUCAACCAUCUGGGGUGCCAACAAGUGGACCAUCACAGACAACCAUACAUUUACUACCUACAGCUCCAACCACCGUGAAUGUAACACAUCGUCCAGUAACUCAGGUGACUACAAGACUCCCUGUACCGAGAGCGCCUGCAAACCACCAAGUGGUUUAUACAACUCUCCCAGCACCACCCGCUCAGGCUCCCCUGCGAGGAACUGUUAUGCAGGCUCCUGCUGUUCGGCAGGUCAAUCCCCAAAAUAGUGUCACAGUUCGAGUGCCUCAAGCAACAACAUAUGUUGUCAACAACGGACUAACCCUGGGAUCAACAGGACCUCAGCUCACAGUGCAUCACCGACCACCGCAAGUGCAUACUGAGCCCCCCCGCCCUGUGCACCCAGCACCCUUACCGGAAGCCCCACAGCCACAGCGUCUGCCCCCAGAAGCUGCCAGCACAUCUCUGCCUCAGAAGCCACACUUGAAGUUAGCACGCGUUCAGAGUCAAAACGGCAUUGUGCUGUCAUGGAGUGUCCUGGAGGUCGAUCGGAGCUGUGCCACUGUGGACAGCUAUCACCUCUAUGCGUACCACGAGGAACCCAGUGCCACUGUGCCCUCACAAUGGAAAAAGAUUGGAGAAGUGAAAGCACUUCCCUUGCCCAUGGCAUGCACUCUCACCCAGUUUGUAUCUGGCAGCAAAUACUACUUUGCAGUACGAGCCAAGGAUAUUUAUGGACGUUUUGGACCUUUCUGUGACCCUCAAUCAACAGAUGUGAUCUCCUCUUCCCAGAGCAGUUAAACCUUGGAGCCUCUAUCUCUUCCUCUUUCCAAGUUCCGCUUUUUGGUCUUGUUUUAAUCUUGUGCAUGAUACCCAUUGUAAAAUCCACACUGUGCAAGAUUUCUUGGACAGCCGUGUAUAUACACUACAUUUGUUUAUAAUCAGAAGUAAAAUAAACAGCCCGUAAAGCAAGAAUCUUUUCCUGGACAAUUGAAGCUUCAAGGUUUUGAAAUGUAAAUGUGCACCUUGCUUUAGAUUUAAGGCUGGGGAAUAUGUGUGGGUGUUUAUGUGUUUUUCCCUAUUUAUAUGUUUACUGCGGUGGAAUCUCCCAUUUUCAUUCUAAUUUUACCUCUCUUCAAUUAUAAAGUAAAUAGAUCAAGGGAUCAGAAGUAUGGUCUGUAACUGGCAUGAUUCUACUUCUAAGGGAUCUCCAGGUUCAUGGUUAAAUGAUUUUAACUGAAUCUAAACAAAACCCAAAGAAAGAAAAAGCAAAAUGGUUAAAUAGUUUAAAAUAGGUUAACUUGAACACAGGAAAGGAUCUGUUUGUCUUUUUUCUUCUCUUGUUGUUAAUUAGGUGAAAAAGAUCUGCAGUGGCCCCUCUCUUUCCUAAUCUGGCUCUUAAAUUUAUUUUGUGCCUUAGAGAUUAACUACAAAAAUAAACACGAUCAUUGUCCAUUGCUGAUCUUCUCGUCCAGCCCUCUGCCCUUCGUCUCUCCCUCGUCUCCACUAAACACAGCUCACUCCCCUCAAGUCAGUUUAAACCAAGGCUUCCAGGUACAUUCUUAUCAGUGGCUUCACUACGAAUAACUCCCCAGACUUGACUUGCUCUUUGCCUCUAGGAAUGUAAGUGCUUUUAUCUUUGGUCACUAUUUAAAUUAACUCUGUAAAAUGGACCAAGACCAUAUAAUGUAAGAAAAUUGUUCUUCAAACAUAUUUUAGAAUUUAUGUUGCAUACUGUGUUAGAGAUUAUGAAAGCAAUGUUAGUUCUCUUUAUCACUCAAAGCAUAGUAUUCUUUCAGAUCUAGUAAAGGGUAAAUAUCAAGUACAGUGAACUAAAAUAUCAAAGGGAAAGCUUUAUUUCCUUGUUGUCAUAUCAUUUUUCUGUUUUAACCUUUUACCUUUGUUUUGAUGGUGCCAAGUUUUUCCUGAUUUACCUUCUGUCAGCUUUGGCUAGGGUUUGGGGUUAUUUUAUUUAACAAUUAGGCAUAACUUUCUGUGUGUCUCUGUUCCUGUUCAAAAAUAUUCAAAUUCAUUUUAGGUCCUGGACUUUGAGUAUGAGUGCCAGCUCUACUGGUAUCAGGUAGGUGUUCGAGGGUAGAUAGUUUAGGGCAGGAGAAAUGGGGUAAGUGUGGAGACGAGGGAGAAUGAUUGGAAAUAAUCUGAAAGGAAUUGGUGGACUUUGUGGAAUAGUUUUUCAAGUCAUCUUCCCUUACCUUAUUUAAAUUCCUACUGUCUCAAAAUAAAUUCGUCUUUAGUUUUUCCUGGAAUUACAGGAAGGAGCUAUUCCUUCUGUUAAUGCUGCUUUGUUUGCAACUUUGAUGGCUUGUAAUGGGAAGCAUUCUAGUUGUAAAACUCUCAUUAGAGACUUUCACCGGUCAGUAUCCUGUCACACUAGGCGUGACGUUUGAUGCUGAAGGAAGCCUACAGAUUGCCAAAAUGUAAAUGUUCCAAAACCUUCCUUUCACUUUCAGAAAAUGAGGCCACAGUGAGAAUUAAAGUUUUCAUCAAUCAAAUUUGCCAACCAUGUAGAUGUUACUCAUUCUAGGACUGAUGAUGGUAAAGAAGUUGCCAAUGUCAUGCCAAUGAAAAUUCUGAAAGAGAAUUUGAUGAUCUUCUAGAUGUGUGUGAACACCUAUCUAUGUCUGCAGGUACAUAUGGUUUUACCUGCAAUGGUUGCAUUGUUGACUAUGUGAUCAAGACCAUUCCUCCUGCAGAAAGGAAGGCCCAUGUUCAAAAUUGUUCUUUAUUGGCCGGUUUUAUGGUCAUGUGAUGACAAUUUGCCCUAGCCUAGAAAAGCUUCCCUUGGUGAAUGUUUUUAUUUAUAUUCACUAAUUUUUUUAAAGCUUUCAUAGCAUUAUGUAAUCAGGUGAAGAAAGCCCAGUAGAAUGAAAAUAUUUUAGCCUAUAUUGUGUAUUUUCUGUCAAAGAAAAAAAUAAUAAAUUACCAAAUAGUAAUGCUAAAAACACUUUACUGCAGCAAAAUAAAACUUUUUAGUCCAGAAGGUGGAAGGAAGGUACAAAGAGAGACAGUAAUUAUUUGAAGAAAGCAUAUAUUGUGAGAUGCUUUCCUCAAAUUCGCGUGCCAUGGGAUUUGUAGGCAACAUCUAUAUUGAAUUUACUGAAAAAUGCUAGGCUUAGCACUGUCAGCUUUUAUUGUGGGCAGGUUUUAAUGUUGAUGAGCUUUUUGUUUGGCUCAUUUCUUUUGGGAGAGAGAAUGGAAGACUCAACUAGAAAUAGCUACUGAUUACAGACUAUAUUGUAGCAAUUUACACUCCAUGGUACCUUUUUUAUUUCAUGGUACCUUUUCACAAAGUAUUACAAAUGAGUUUGAUUAUCCCAUUUUGAGAAUGCAAGUUUGCUACAUUUUUAGCUGGGCAAUGUUUGUCUAAGCAUUGCCUUAUUGGAAAUCCUGAAAACUUCUGAUCUAUUGACCUGAAAUGUAGGGUGUUAUAUGGCAUUUAAAAAGUAACAGUGAUGUUUGUUACUCUCUGUUUUGCACCUCGUCGGAGUAAUUUUCACCCUGUUUUAAGUGUAAACCUCUUUUAAAAAUUAUGUUCUUGCCAGUAAAUUUAUAAAUUACAAAGACAACAUCUGUUGUUAAUUGUUAACUUUAUGCGGUAACUAUAUCCCUAUUUGUUUAGACUCACUUUAAAAUAUGCACAAUACUGUUUAACACAGUAGAUGUUUAUGAGAGAAGUGAGGACGUACAGCUUUCUUCCUUGACAAGUAUUUGUUGGGAUGCCAUUUGCCUCACAGAGAGUGUGCCCCGCUCUCCCUACCCCCAUUGCUGGAUAAUAAACGGAAGAUUUAAAUGAAAAACGUGACCUAAAGCAAGGAGCUUAUAAUCUUUGGUACAUCUGUCUGCAAAUCCCUCAGGCAGGCUUUCCUAUACAGUUCUCUUACUGUAUUGGAAAAGUGUUAACUUAGUUUUUGUCAUUUGCUCUUUUGCUUACAUCUUCCAAAUUAUCAUUUAUGCAGCAAGGUGAAUGCUAAUGUUGCAUGAUAUGCAUUUAUCUUGUUCCACAAAUUUUCCAGUACUGUACAAGAUUAACAAAAUAAUGCCUGUGGUAUCUUCUCUUACUUUGAUAUACUGUGAUUUUAGCACAGUAGAGUACUGAAAAGACCUUCCAAGUGUUUUCUCCCAACUUUCCUUCUUGAGCUAUUUCAGUAUCGUUUGAUUUAUUUGUUAUUUUAAUUUCAUCAUUAAUCGGUCAUUGGCCUGUUUUAUUCUAAUUUCCAGAAAAAAACCAUGUCGCAAAUCUGGAUUGUUGGCAAUAACUCUAUCUAAAAUCAAUGUGUUGAUUCUGCCUUCCUUACUAUUUACUGGGUGAGUGACGCCUCUCUCCCACUCUUUAAAAUUUUUGGACAAACAAAAAGACAGUCUCGAGGUGUUUCGUUAGUGUGACAGACUUAGAUCUAAUUCCUAAAAUUCCCUUGAGGCAGCCAGUGGGGAGGAAGGAUGAUAAAACACGUUUUGUCUUUUCUUCUUCAAAUAGUUUUAUCAUGCUACAUAAUUUUUUUUUAAUUUGUAGUCAGCUAAGUACCCAUCAUUUAUGUUUAAAUGCCAUGGUGAGGGUUGUUUCUGUUUUUGUUUUUUAGUUUUUGUACAUAAGGUAACUGGGCAAUCAAACACCUUUUGGGGAUCCUUGCUUUAUUAUUUUCUCAGCCAUUUCAAAAUUAAAUAUAAAAAUAAAUCUUUUGUAGGAAACUUGCAUCCUGAUUUUUCUUUAUUGCAGUUGAAAGUGUAAAUAGUAAGACAAUGUAAGACCUUCCUAAUGUCUAAUAUAAACUGGGCUAUAGCAGGUUGCCCUAUUUUUAUUAGGUUUUGAAGGUUUUUGUGGGGUUUUUUUUCUUUUUUAAGUGUAGAGUGGUGUCUGUGUAAGUGUUAACUGUAGUGGGAUUUUGUCCAGCAAGCCUGACAUUUAUACUUUGAAAUAAACUACUGGGUUUUUAACA